CGCACAAGACGAGAAUGUUGACAGUGCCUUUUUUAAUCUUGAGUAUUUAUGCUCUCUCAGCAGUGAUUGCUACUGGUAGCUGUCCAGAUAAUGAUGAUGGAUGGGCGUUUAUGGCCAAAACAGCUACAAUGUACUUGACCGAAAGAAACUUCAACACCGACCCUCAAAAGCGUGACCUUACCAGAUGUGUUUCUGCAAUAACAACAAAUACGGAUGGAAAGACACAUGAGAUCCAACAAACGCUAACCUACUAUAACACAUCGUCGACUACUUGGAUCACCUUUCCCAAGCGCUUCACUGCUAGUGCAUGGGGUACAGGUACCAAUAAGCUGAAUUACUUCACAGCACUUUCUUCAUCUGGCCAAACCUUGACUUAUCUUGUACUGCAUUCUGAAGAAGACUGCCUGGUAGCAAAGGUGGUCUACCUCAGCAGCGAGAACCUGCGUGCCUGCGAGUUGUGGGUGACAGACAGUUACUUCGGCAAUACAAAGUCAUCCAAAUGCUGCGACUCCAUAUAUAAGUCAUCUUGUGAGCCAACUGUACAAACAUUGUAUAAGAAGGAAGAAUGCGCUAAUAUGAAGAAAACUAAAAAGGAUAAAGGGAACCAAACCAAAACGCAAAUAAUGUCGCGAAUCGGGAACUACAAAUACCGGGCAAUUCUCUUUAAUUAA